AUGGGAACUGUGAAUACCACGGAGCGCUUGGCGCAACUGCGGCAGUUGAUGAAGGAACACAAAUUAGAUCUCUACAUCGUGCCAUCCGAGGACAGCCACCAGUCCGAAUAUAUUGCGCCGUGCGAUGGUCGCCGAGAGUUCAUUUCGGGCUUCUCGGGCUCCGCUGGCACGGCCAUUAUCUCUCUGAGCAAGGCCGCCCUUUCUACCGAUGGCCGAUACUUCAACCAGGCCGCCAAACAACUGGACAGCAACUGGCAUCUUCUGAAGCAAGGCACGGAGGGCGUGCCUACUUGGCAGGAAUGGACAACGGAGGAGGCGCAGGGUGGGAAAGCCGUCGGUGUUGACCCUUCCCUGAUCACUGCCUCUGGCGCACGCAAGCUUGCGGAAACACUUGGAAAGAACGGUUCAUCCCUGGUGGGAGUCCAACAGAACUUGGUCGACUUGGUUUGGGGUAGUGACCGUCCGUCGCGUCCUCGUGAGAAAGUUCGUGUUCACCCAGUGGAAUACGCCGGAAAGCCAUUCCAGGAAAAGAUUGCCGAGCUACGCAAGGAAUUGGAGACGAAAAAGAAGGCUGGAUUCGUUGUCUCCAUGCUCGACGAAAUUGCGUGGUUGUUCAACCUGAGAGGAAGCGACAUCCCCUACAACCCCGUUUUCUUCUCAUACGCAAUCAUUACGCCGUCCGCAGCAGAGCUUUAUGUCGAAGCGGACAAGCUCACCCCGGAGGUUAUUGCUCACUUGGGACAAGACGUCAUUGUCAAGCCUUACGAUACCAUCUUCGCAGAUGCCAAGGCUCUCAGUGCAGCACGCGUCGAGUCAACUGAACAGGCACCGAACAAGUUCUUGCUUUCCAACAAGGCUUCUUGGGCGCUGAGUCUGAACCUCGGCGGUGAAGGUCAGGUAGAGGAGGCCCGUAGCCCCAUCGCAGAUGCCAAAGCAGUCAAGAACAAGGCCGAGUUGGAAGGCAUGCGGGCGUGUCACAUUCGUGAUGGUGCAGCGUUGACCGAGUAUUUCGCUUGGCUGGAAAAUGAGCUUAUCAACAAGAAGACCGUCAUGGACGAAGUUGACGGCGCAGACAAGCUUGAACAAAUUCGUACCAAGCACGACCGUUUCGCUGGACUCUCCUUCGACACCAUCUCCUCCACCGGACCCAAUGGUGCUGUGAUUCACUACAAGCCGGAGAAGGGUAGCUGCUCGAUCAUUGAUCCUACUGCAAUCUAUCUCUGCGACUCCGGAUGUCAGUAUUUGGAUGGAACAACUGACACUACCCGCACUUUCCACUUUGGCCAGCCUACAGAGUUCGAGAAGAAGGCCUUUACUCUGGUACUCAAGGGCAUGAUCGGAAUGGAUACUGCCAUCUUCCCCAAGGGAACCAGCGGAUUCGCAAUCGACGUGCUCGCUCGCCAGUAUCUGUGGAAAGAGGGGUUGGACUACCUCCACGGCACUGGACAUGGCGUCGGUUCUUUCUUGAAUGUCCACGAAGGACCCAUGGGAAUUGGAACCCGCGUCCAGUACACUGAAGUCCCCAUCGCCGCGGGACAUGUUUUGUCAAACGAGCCUGGUUACUACGAAGAUGGCAAGUUUGGUAUCCGCAUUGAGAACAUCAUCAUGGCGCGCGAGGCCAAGACCAACCACAAGUUCGGUGAUAAGCAAUGGCUUGGCUUCGAGCAUGUUACAAUGACCCCCAUCGGCCGCAACCUGAUUGAGCCAUCUCUCCUCAGUGACGGUGAGAUUGAGUGGCUGAACAACUAUCAUGCCGAGGUCUGGGAGAAGACCAACCACUUCUUCAAGGAUGAUGAGCUGACCCUGAAGUGGCUUGAGCGCGAGACCCAACCUAUCUCAAAAUAG